AUAAAAAUCCAAUUUGUAUUUUGCUUAUAAGGAUGAAGACUAUGAAGUCCACAAGGAAUCGCAGUGUUGCCGCCAAAGUAUUGGGUGCCCCCAGUGAGGAGCAAAUAAUUGGAAUACUUCGCACUUGCGCCAAGUACUUCAAUGAUAAAAAUCAGCUCUUCAAGAAAGUGGUACCCAUACUGGAGAUGAUAAACUUUGUACCCAUAUUUUCCAGCGGCCAGCUGAAUCGACAGGAACUCCAAAGGCUUGUACCCAUAAUAGCCAAGGAAUUGACGCAACUAACUCUCCGGAUGAAUGACAUUUUGCCUUUGUAUCUAUUGUGUCAGUCGUUGAAUGUUAAGACAAUGCCCAGGCUAAAAUCCUGCUUUGUCUUAUCGAGUGGGACUGUGGAGGAAACAAAUCACCUGAUUCUAUUAGGGCUCCUGCUGCCGCAAUUGGAAGUGUUGCGUGUCUUUGCUCCAGUCAAUGGAGAUUUUCCAGUCCUGCGGAAGCUGCGUAGUCUGCAAUUGAACCACGGCAUAAGCAAAGUCGCCCUGUCGCAACUGUUCCGGAAUUCCUUGCAGCUGGAGAAUUUUGUGCUCACAGACGAGACGCUAAAGAUGAAUAAUUGGUAUGUGAAUGUAACUGGGAUUGAGAAGUGCCGAAAGCUAAGAGAAUUGGUUCUACCACUUUACCAUCAGCCAUCGGUAAGCUUAUGCAAAUUGGCCAAUCUCACCAAGCUGUCGCUGCAUCAUCAAAUGCCCUGGACGGGCCAACACUGGUUGUCCAUCAUAACGCCGAUUAUACAUGCCAAAAGACACGAGCUCCAAUGCCUUACCCUGGAUGGGUCUUACCUAACUGUUCCGCUCAAUCUCUUUAACCUGCAGCUCCUCCAGUGCACCGCUCUCUCGAAACUGUGCCUUAGCAACUGCACGUUGGCCGACAGUCUGGUGUCCACUGUACCACUUUCUUGCCAGCAUUUAAGCUUUCGCCGUUGCGUCAUUGGUAAGCUGGAUUGUCAUUUAAAGGCCCACGCUUUAAUGCAACUUCUGGAACUAUUUGAUUGUGAGCUGCUUACAGCAGCCGGUCCCUCCAAUCAUGUCCUGCAAACUGUUCUUUGGCUCCGCAAGCAUCAGCCCACUUUAAAUGCCAUUCAUGUGCUUUAUUCGCAAACCAUCAAUUUGCGUAAAGAAAUGGAAAUGUGGCCUAUCAAUCAUUUGCUAGAAAAUACUCCAUGGAUUCAGAUACAUGAACUUCAACCGCAGGCUACACAACUAUGGCAACAACCUUUGGGUACCAUAACCAUGCAGUUUGGUCACCCUGUAAACUAUAUGCCAGACAUGGAGGAACAGCAAACCGGACAACAUCUGAAUCGUAUAACUGCUGCUGAUAUAAUCAAGGAUAUAGACAAAUCAAUGAUUGGUCACUAGUAAUAAAUAUUGUACAUUUGUAUACAUCCUAAUAAUAAUAUGAUAUUCAUUUUUUAAGUCAGUUAAUAGUAACAGUAUGUGUUCUAUAUAAUCGUCAUUAAGAACUCGCAUUUAAUUUUCAAUGUGGAUUGACCAACUAAAUAUUGUCAAGUAUAAAAUACUAAUUUAAAAUGAAGUUAAGAUGCGAUGCCGUAGCAAAUCUCAAUUAGCAUCUAUCUUUAUUAAAUUACUA